AUGUCUACCAACUUCAAGCAAUAUGUUCACUUUGCCGGAAAGACCAUUGAAACAACAGUGACAGACAAAGCAAGCAUCAUAGACCAGUGGGUUAGUCAGAUUCUGAAUAUCUAUGCCGCAAAUCCCACAGUUGUUGGCUUGGACAUAGAAUGGAAGCCACAUCCAAACAGUUUGAUGAGUAACAAAUCUGCUACUCUUCAGCUUUGCAUUGACAACAAGUGUUUGAUUGUUCAACUUUUCUAUGUUGACUCAAUUCCUCAAUCCCUGAAGAACUUUUUGAUGAACCGCAGCUUCACUUUUGUUGGGAUUGAAGUUCAGGAUGAUAUAGAGAAGAUUAGGAAUGAGUAUGGCCUUUCAUGCAGAAAAAGAGCUGAUAUUCGAGAGGCGGCAAAGGUUCAUUUUCCAGGAAAAUUUAGUAUGCCUGGAUUGAAAGAUCUUGCAAGGGAGGUUGUUGGUUUGGAUAUGAAGAAAUCAUUGCAUGCCACAAGAAGUGAUUGGGACGCACGUGUGCUCAACGUGGAUCAAAUUGAAUAUGCUUGUAUUGAUGCCUAUGCAUCUUAUAUGGUUGGGAAUGUUAUUGUUGUUUAA